UUCCGGUACGCCCGGCGCGGAGAGGCGGCACGGACGCAAGCACGCACGGACGCAAGGUUUCCCCUACUUGCGCCGCCGCCCUAGCUCCCACUUACACCUGCAGCGCGGUCAGCCCCGCAGAGAUGCUGCGAGCCUGUCAGUUAUCCGGCGUGACCUCCACCGCCCAGAGUUGUCUUUGUGGGAAGUUUGUACUCCGUCCAUUGCGACCAUGCCGUAGAUACUCCACUCCAGGCGGUUCUCGGUUGUCUCCUAGCAAAAUUGCUGGAGCUGGCAUCUUGUUUGUUGGUGGCGGUAUCGGUGGCACUAUCCUGUAUGCCAAAUGGGAUUCCCAUUUCCGGAAAAAUGUAGAGAAAACCAUACCUUACUCAGACAAGCUCUUUGAGAUGGUUCUUGGUUCCCCACCGCAUACUGUUCCAUUGCCAAAGAAGCCGAUUCAGUCUGGUCCACUAAAAACCUCUAGUGUAUCUGAGGCAAUGAAAGAAUCUAAACAGCCUGCUUCACAGCUCCAGAAACAAAAGGGAGACGCUUCAGCUUCAACAACAGCACCUACAGAGGCAGCUCAAAUUAUUUCUGCGGCAGGUGACACACUGUCCGUCCCAGCGCCUUUGGUUCAGCAUGAGGAAUCUACAGAAACUGAUGAAGGAAAACCCAAGCCUGCAACUUCAGUUUUACUGCAAGAGGAAGCAUCCUCAACUUCUGUAAGGGAGCGGCCACCUGAAGAAGUUGCAGCUCGGCUUGCGCAACAGGAGAAGCAAGAACAAGUUAAGAUUGAGUCACUAGCCAAGAGCUUAGAAGAUGCUCUGAGCCAGACUGCUUACAUUACUCAGCAGGCUAUUGUGGCUCAGAAUGCUGCGGUCCAGGCUGUCACUGCCCACGCCAACAUACUGAAAACAGCCAUGGACGAUUCUGAGAUUGCAGGUGACAAGAAGUCAGCUCAGUGGCGCACAGUGGAGGGUGCAUUGAAGGAACGCAGAAAGGCAGUAGAUGAGGCUGCCGAUGCCCUUCUCAAAGCCAAAGAAGAGUUAGAGAAGAUGAAAAGUGUAAUUGAAAAUGCAAAGAAGGAAGAGGUUGCUGGGGCCAAAUCUUAUAUAACUGCUGCAGAGGGGAAACUUCACAACAUGAUAGUUGAUCUGGAUAAUGUGGUCCAAAAGGUUAAGGCGGCUCAGUCUGAGGCUAAGGUUGUGUCUCAGUAUCAUGAGCUGGUAGUCCAAGCCCGGGAUGACUUUAAACGAGAACUGGACAGUAUUACUCCGGAAGUCUUGCCAGGGUGGAAAGGGAUGAGUAUUUCUGACCUAGCUGACAGGCUGUCCCCCGACGACCUAAACUCCCUGAUUGCUCACGCGCAUCGCCGCAUCGACCAGCUGAACAGAGCGCUGGCCGAACAGAAAGCCACGGAGAAGCAGCACAUUGCCUUAGCCUUGGAGAAACAGAAGCUGGAGGAAAAGCGGGCGUUUGACUCUGCAGUGGCAAAAGCAUUAGAACAUCAUAGAAGUGAGAUACAGGCUGAACAGGACAGAAAGGUGGAGGAAGUCAGGGAUGCCAUGGAGAAUGAAAUGAGGACCCAGCUUCGCCGCCAGGCUGCUGCCCACACCGAUCACUUACGAGAUGUCCUUAGGGUCCAAGAACAGGAACUGAAAUACGAGUUUGAGCAGGACCUGUCUGAGAAACUCGCUGAACAAGAACUACAGUUUCGUCGGCUCAGUCAAGAGCAAGUUGACAACUAUACUCUGGAUAUAAACACUGCCUAUGCCAGACUGAGAGGAAUCGAGCAGGCUGUUCAGAGUCACGCAGUUGCUGAAGAGGAGGCCAGAAAAGCCCACCAGCUCUGGCUCUCUGUGGAGGCGUUAAAGUACCGUAUGAAGACGGCAUCUGCAGACCUGCCCACUGUUCCCCUGGGUAGCGCAGUGGAGGCCAUCAGAGUCAGCUGUUCCGAUAGUGAAUUUGCCCAGGCUCUAAGCGCAGCCCUCCCUCCAGAGUCCCUGACCCGUGGGGUGUACAGUGAAGAGACCCUUAGAGUCCGUUUCUAUGCCAUCCAAAAACUGGCCCACAGGGUAGCCAUGAUCGAUGAGACCAGGAAUAGCUUAUACCAGUACUUCCUCUCCUACUUACAGUCCCUGCUGCUGUUCCCACCUAAGCAGCUGAAGCCACCAGCAGAGCUCUGCCCCGAGGAUACAAACACAUUUAAGUUACUGUCAUAUGCCUCCUAUUGCAUUGAGCAUGGUGACCUGGAGCUGGCGGCAAAGUUUGUCAAUCAGCUGAAAGGGGAGUCCAGACGAGUGGCACAGGACUGGCUGAAGGAAGCCCGAAUGACCCUAGAAACUAAGCAGAUAGUGGAGAUCCUGACAGCAUACGCCAGCGCCGUAGGAAUAGGAACCACUCAAGUGCAGCAAGAGUAAGGUCUAGGAAGAGUCUUGUAAAGUCACAUCUCAUGUCAAAGGAAAUUGGCAGUAAUAUAUGAAGGGUUUGCAACAAGGUCUCAGAACUGCCUGGAAAUGAGCAGGUGACAGGUACUGUUCUAAAUGUUAACACCUGUUGCAUUUAUAUUAUUCCUUCUUGCUGUCAUGUCAGUCAACUCCAGGAGCACUUUAUUUGCAACUCGGGUAACAUUUUCUGUUUUUCAGGUUUUACUGAUCAGGCUUGUGAGCCAGUCAAAAUAAUGUUUGCGGUCACUGUACUGUUGGUUUUGCCCUUGGAGCGAACUGAAUAAAACAGAAAUUGAAAACUGA